AUGGAUCGGAGGAGGAUCAGGGUGCUCCUGGUGGAGGACGAGGAGAUCCACAGGGUUGUGGCGAGAGCGGUGCUGAGGGGUGCCGGCGCCGACGUGGACGAGGCGGAGAACGGCGCGGAGGCGGUGCGCCUCGUGCGCGAGCGCAUCGGCGGCGGCGGCGGCGGCGCGUACGACCUGAUCCUCACGGACAGGCAGAUGCCGGUCAUGGACGGCCACGAGGCGACGAGGCGGAUCCGGGCCAUGGGUGUGGCCACGCCCAUCGUCGCCGUGUCCAGCGACUGCCUCCCGUCGGACGUCCACGCGUUCACCGCCGCCGGCGCAGACGACUUCACGCCCAAGCCGCUGACCAAGGAGAAGCUGGGCCACAUCCUUGCCAAGUUCCAGCUUGCUUAAUUUAAUUAACUAGCACGCGGCCGUUACUGUAAUCAGCUGUAGACUACGUACGUAAGUUCAGGAUUAGGGGCAUGCCGACCAAUAAGCAUGCUUACUGCAGAUCCCUGUACUGUCAGAAAAGAAAAAUGCUUUGCAGACGACGACCUAGAAGACGAUCGAGGAGCUUUGGGUACGUGUCGAUUGAUUUGUCACCCAGUCUUAUCUUAUUCAUUAGUACUCGUACUAUUAUUGCUUCUCACAGUGAAUGAUUGUGUGGGUUUUAUCGACAAACAAAAAUUAUGAAUGCAUGGAUUAGACUCUAGUUCUAAUUAAGAAUAGAGUGUGAACGUGUAUGGAUUUUCGUACUUCGGGCAA